CGUCGGCGUUUCAUUCACACUAUUCUACUACUAUCUGUUUUUUCAGAUUCUACUUUAGCUAGCUUUUUAACCAAUAAGUUAGCAGUUUGUUUACCUGCCAGAGUUCACUAACGUUAUAGCUAUAGGUUCUAGAGGAUUUGGAUAAAGCUACCCAAAAAAGAGAUGGGGGCAUUUUUGGACAAGCCAAAGAUGGAGAAGUUCAAUGCCCACGGAGAAGGAAACGGCCUACGCUAUGGCCUGAGCAGCAUGCAGGGCUGGCGGGUAGAGAUGGAGGAUACACACACGGCUGUCAUUGGCCUGCCCCAUGGCCUCAACCCCUGGUCCUUUUUUGCCGUGUAUGACGGCCAUGCUGGCUCUCAGGUGGCCCGCUACUGCUGCGAGCACUUGCUAGAGCACAUCACCAGCAACCCAGAUUUCAGGGGUGGGGGUGCAGGACCAGGAGGUGGAGAAGAGGGCAGGGCAAUUCUGGACAGGCAUGGACCAGAGCCAUCUGUGGAGAGUGUGAAGAGUGGCAUUCGCACUGGCUUCCUGCAGAUUGAUGAGCAGAUGCGAGCUAUCUCGGAGCGUAAGCAUGGUGCGGACCGCAGCGGCUCUACUGCAGUGGGAGUCAUGAUCUCACCUCGCCACAUGUACUUCAUCAAUUGUGGCGACUCACGGGCACUCCUCAGCAGGGGAGGCCGGGUCCAUUUCUUUACGCUGGAUCACAAGCCCAGCAAUCCAUUGGAAAAGGAGCGCAUCCAGAAUGCCGGUGGCUCUGUCAUGAUUCAACGUGUUAAUGGAUCGCUAGCUGUGUCUCGGGCCCUUGGUGACUUUGACUAUAAAUGUGUACAUGGCAAGGGCCCCACAGAGCAGCUUGUGUCACCUGAGCCAGAGGUGUAUGAGAUUGAAAGAUCUGAGGCGGAGGACGAGUUUGUUGUGUUGGCGUGUGAUGGUAUCUGGGACGUGAUGGCCAAUGAGGAGCUAUGUGACUUUGUGCGUUUACGUCUAGAGGUGACAGAGGACUUGGAGAGAGUGUGCAAUGAGAUUGUUGACACAUGUUUAUACAAGGGAAGCCGGGACAACAUGAGUGUGGUGCUGGUGUGUUUCCCUGGUGCUCCCAAGAUCUCGCAAGAAGCUGUGAAGAGACAGGCAGAGCUGGAUAAGUACCUGCAGAGCAGGGUAGAAGGUGGAGCAUCUAAAAAGAAAUGAGUUAUGUUACACAUUUCAAAAGAGCGAGACACCUAUUGUUGUUGCGUAAACUUAUGGUAGUACUUAUUACUUACCAAAACAGAAACUAAAUAUAAAAGUACUCACAGAACCCCAAUUUUAAGUGUGAAGGCGCUUGAGUGUCUUUAUAGGCAACAUACUUUUUAAUAUGGUUUAUCCUGGACUUAAAAUGUCCUCAAGGGAAAUGUAGCAAAUUUUAACUUUAGAAUGCCUAACAUAUAUACAUAUAUAUAAAAUAAAAUCUUA